GUGUCCGUGAGCUGAAGAAGAAGAAGAAGGAGGAGGGGGAGUCGAUUGAAUCCUAAUUAUUCAGUACCGACGCUGGAGAGGACAAGAUGCCUGCUGUGGAUAAACUGCUGUUAGAGGAAGCUUUGCUUGACAGCCCUCAGACGCGAUCCCUUUUGAGCGUUUUUGAAGAGGAUGCAGGAACGCUGACUGACUAUACAAAUCAGCUACUUCAAACAAUGCAACGUGUCUAUGGAGCACAAAAUGAGAUGUGUUUGGCAACUCAGCAGCUCUCCAGCCAACUCCUUGCAUAUGAGAAACAGAAUUUUGCUCUUGGGAAAGGAGACGAAGAAGUAAUCUCUACACUACAAUAUUUUGCUAAAGUAAUAGAUGAGCUUAAUAUACUCCAUACAGAACUUGCAAAGCAGCUUGCUGAUACAAUGGUACUGCCCUUAAUACAGUUCCGUGAAAAAGACCUGACUGAAGUAAGCACAUUAAAAGAUCUUUUUCUUCUUGCUAGCAAUGAGCAUGAUUUGUCCAUGGCAAAAUACAGCAGGCUGCCAAAAAAGAGGGAGAAUGAAAAGCUAAAGGCUGAAGUUGCAAAAGAAGUGGCCAAUGCAAGAAGAAAGCAGCACCUGUCAUCCCUGCAGUACUACUGUGCCUUAAAUGCUCUUCAGUACAGGAAGAGGACAGCCAUGCUGGAUCCCAUCCUUGGAUAUACACAAGGGCAGAUUUCAUUUUUAAAGAAAGGCUCAGAAAUGUUUUCCAGGAAAAUGGAUGGGUUUCUUUCUUCAGUAUCAAGUAUGAUUCAACGGGUACAUGGAGAACUGGACACAGAAGCAGACACCAUGAGAAUAACUCAGCAAGAGCUGCUAUCUGGUAGUGAUUUAAUUUACACUCCGGAUUAUGAUGUUAACAGUCCUGUUAUCAACAGAAACCUCAUACAGAAGGCUGGAUAUCUCAAUAUGAGGAGUAAAACGGGACUGGUGACUACAUCGUGGGAAAGAUUGUACUUCUUCACUCAAGGUGGCAACUUAAUGUGUCAGCAUAGAGGAGAAGUAGCUGGAGGUUUGAUUCAAGACCUGGACAAUUGCUCAGUCAUGGCCGUGGAUUGUGAGGACAGAAGAUACUGCUUUCAGAUCACCGCUCCCAACGGCAAAUCGAGUCUCAUCCUUCAGGCUGAAGGUAAAAGAGAGUAUGAAGAGUGGAUUUCUGCUAUCAACAAUAUUUCCAGACAGAUUUAUUUAACAGAUAAUCCUGAGGCGGUGGCUAUCAAAUUGAACCAGACGGCAAUACAGGCGGUGACUCCAAUUACUAGCUUUGAUAAAAGAGUUGAAAAUCCACAUGUCAGUGAGACUGUGAAGCAGACAGUAGUACAUACUGAGAGCCGACGCCAGCCAGCAGAGGAGCGUCUCCAAGACUCUGAGCCAGAACUGUUAAUAGCUCCAGGGACGCCUAUUCAAUUUGACAUCGUUCUGCCAGCCACUGAAUUCCAGGACCAGAACAGGAGCGGCAGGCGCACAAAUCCAUUUGGAGAAUCUGAAGAUAAAAAUGAAAAGUCUCCUGAGGAAGGGUCACUUUUACAGCAGAUGUUUGUAGUCCGCUUUUUAGGAUCAAUGGCGGUAAAGUCAGACCAUACCAACAAAGUUAUAUUUGAAGCCAUGAGACAAGUCUUGGCUGCACGAGCCAUUCAUAAUAUUUUCCGGAUGACAGAAUCCCACUUGAUGGUGACCAGUAAAAGCAUCAAAUUAAUAGAUCCACAAACACAAGUCACAAGAAUAAGUUUUGACCUUGAAAAUAUAACCCAAUUUGGGGCACAUCAAGAGAAUAAAAGGCUGGUUGGAUUUGUUGUCUCAAUUCCAGAAGCUUCUGGAGAAGAAUCUCUGAGCUCAUAUAUUCUGGAAAGCAACACAGAGGGUGAAAAGAUUUGCUAUGCAAUUAGCUUGGGGAAAGAAAUCAUUGCCGCUCAGAAGGAUCCGGAAGCCCUGGCGCAGCUCAUGUCAUCGGUUCCGUUAUCAAACGAUGGGAAGUUUGUCCUCCUAAGUGACCAGCCUGAGGAAAAGAACAGGAGUUUGGAUGAUGAAGAAGGACUUGAGUCAGAAGCAUAGCCCAGCUGUUUUACAUCUCAACUCGUUUUUCUUCGAAAACAUUCCCGCAUUACUUUGACAUUUCCUAUUAUAUGUUUUCACAGAGACUAACGUGAGAAAGGGUUGACCCUCUUAUUAGCCUAAAAAUUAGUGAAUAGAAGGUUUGGUAUGAUAAUAAUUUCUCAUUCUUUUUAGAUUGCACUUUGGAAACCAUACCCAACUAAAAUUGUCUUAUAUUAUUGUGUGUUCAAAGGAGAAUCUUUCCACCAGGCAGACUGGUCACUACAUUUUAAGGUUGCCUUGCAAAGUAAAGAAUCAUUUCUGAUCAUCUUGUCCUAUAGCUUCCUGGAACACGAAGUGCCUAAGUGCUGUAAAGUUGGGCCUGUGCACCUAAGUUUGCAUUGUGAAUGGCUUCAGACGCCUGAGUUCUAAAGACUUUCACUGUACUUUG